AUGUCAGAGCAGGCCGAAAGACCUGUCGCCGCGGCAAUGGCAAUGGGCGGCGUCCUAGGCGAAAAGACUGGCGUGAGUUGUUUCUGGAAUCCCAAGCAUGCGAGAUGGACGACUAACACUCAUACCUCGAUAGACUCACAACGAAUCCAGCGAGAGGCCAAGGAGCUUGCAGCAAGCUACUCUCUCGAUGAAGUGCGAAGUCUCCUGACUACCUUUCAUCGGCUCCACAAGAGGGACCCCAACUUUCCCCUGGACGUCAUCGAGAAGAUUGAGGACUUUCUGAACAACGAGAACAUUGCAAAUGAGCCUGCCAUGUAUGAGCAACAAAUCUCCGAGAUGAAGAUCCAGGCCGCUCUCAUUGUCACCAAUAGCCCCUAUGCAGAGGUCCGGAGUGUCGUCUCCCCCCACGACGACCCUACCAUGCCGUGUUCGACCAUUCGAGCGUGGAUCCUGGGCAUUAUGUUCUCCGGCGCCAUUGCCUUCAUCAACGGCUUCUUCAGCAUUCGCCAGCCGGCCAUUGCGGUCACGUCCAACGUCCCUCAGCUACUGGCCUAUCCCCUGGGGAAGAUGAUGGAGUGGUGGCUGCCCGACGUGGGCAUCACUCUCUUUGGUAUCCGGCACAGCUUGAAUCCUGGCCCGUUCAACCGAAAGGAGCACAUGCUCAUCACGCUGAUGGCCAGCAUUGCAAAGAGCACGCCGUAUACUCAGUACAUCGUCUGGAUCCAGUUUCUCCCACAAUUCUUCAACCAGCGGUGGGCCAUCAACUUUGGCUACCAGAUCCUGAUUGCUCUGUCGAGCAACUUUAUCGGCUACAGCCUGGCUGGAAUCUGCCGCAGGUUUCUCGUAUACCCGUCCUACUGUGUUUGGCCGCAGGCUCUCGUCACCAUUGCGCUGAACAGUGCUUUCCACACAGAGGGCAACUCUCCAGCAUCAGGUCCCUUUGGGAAGAUGUGGCGAAUGUCCCGGUUCAGGUUCUUCUUUUAUGCCUUCACGCUCAUGUUUGUCUACUUUUGGUUUCCCAACUACAUCUUUCAAGCAUUGGGCACCUUUAGCUGGAUGACCUGGAUCGCCCCGGACAAUGCCGACUUGACUCGCAUCACGGGCUCGAACAACGGCCUCGGCAUCAACCCGGUGCCCACCUUUGACUGGAACGUCCUGACUUACAAUCUCGACCCGCUGAUGGUGCCGUUGUUCAGUACGAUCAACUUGUUCAUCGGUAUGCUGCUGACGUCGGUGAUUAUCAUCGCAAUCUAUUACACCAACACGUAUCACACUGCCUAUCUACCGAUCAACUCCAACCAUCCGUACGAUCACUUUGGCAAGCGCUACAACGUCAGUGCGAUCCUCGACGACAGGGGCAUCAUUGACGUUGAAAAGUAUCAAGCCUAUUCGCCGCCAUAUCUCUCCGCUGCCAACGUCGUCAACUACAUGUUCUUUUUCAGCAUCUAUACUGCUGCUUUGACGUAUGGCUUACUGUACCACAGGCUGGAGAUUACCAUGGGGUUCAAAGACCUUGUCAACAGCUUCCGCCCCUCGAAGAAGGCAGAGGUCGAGCAAGGACAGGUCCUGGACGUGCAUAACCGUCUGAUGAAGAAGUACCGGGAAGUGCCAGAGUGGUGGUACAUGAUUGUGCUCGUUGUGAGCGUUGCGCUGGGCUGCGCGGCGAUUGCUUGCUGGCCAACGCACACCAGCCCCGGCGUCGUCUUUUACGGCAUCGCCCUGUGUCUGAUCUUCAUGAUCCCGACGGGCAUCAUCUACGCCAUGACGGGCAUCGAGGUGACGCUCAACGUGCUGGCCGAGUUCGUCGGCGGGUCGUUUGUGCAGGGCAACGCGCUGGCCAUGUGCUUCUUCAAGACGUACGGCUACGUGACGUGUUCCCACGCGCUGUCCUUUGCCAACGACCUCAAGAUUGCGCACUACGUCAAGAUCCCGCCCCGGAUCACCUUUUUCGCGCAGAUGGUGCCGACGCUGGUCUCGACGUUUGUCUGCGUCAGCAUCGUCUCGUACCAGGUGCACCUCAGGGGCGUCUGCACGCCGGACGCGCCCUUCCGCUUCACGUGUCCCGGCGAGAACACCUUCUUCACCGCCGCCGUCCUUUGGGGCACCGUCGGGCCCAAGAGGAUCUGGGGCGUGGGCGGCCAGUACUCGGCGACGCUGCUGGGGUUCCCGCUGGGCGCGGCCGUCGUGGUCCUGUUCUGGCUUCUCGGGAGGUGGUGUCCCAAGAGCCGGGUGCUUCGCGCGACGCAUCCCGUUGCCCUGCUCAACGGCGGCAUCUUGUGGGCUCCGUACAACAUGACCUAUCUGCUCCCUGCGGUGCCGGUGGCGCUGCUCUCGUGGGUGUAUAUCAAGGGCCGGUUCUUGGCUCUGUGGUCAAAGUACAACUUUGUGCUGUCUGCCGCGUUUUCGGCGGGCAUCGCCAUCUCGGCCAUUGUGCAGUUCUUUGGCGUCACGUAUCAGGGCGUCACGAUUGACUGGUGGGGGAACAGCGUGGUGAGCAUGGGAUGCGAGGAUCAUGAUUGCAUUCUCAAGACGUUGCCUGAGGGAGAGUAUUUUGGGCCUGCCCCUGGGAGUUAUAACUGA